CACUCAGGAAGUUAUUUAAGAGCCAACUUUCUUGUCGUUUAUCCUGUGUCCUUUUGAGGAAGCACCCCAGAGACGCCCAGAGCCAGCCCGCGCUGGGGCACCUCGGGAGAGGACCGCAGGAACCCGUGAAGCUGAGAAUGUCGGAGCCCUCUGGGACCACCUUUGGAGGCAGGAGAGCCGUGCCCCCCAACACCUCCAAUGCGGCAGAGAAUGACCCCCCCACCGUGGAGCUGCAAGGCCUGGUGCCCCGGAGCUUCAACCUGCAAGACUACCUGAAUAUCACGAAUGUUCACCUGUUCAAGGAGAGAUGGGACAGCAACAAAGUAGAUCACCACACGGACAGAUACGACAGCAGCAAGCUGAUCGUGCGUCGAGGGCAGCCUUUCUACAUCCAGAUCGACUUCAAUCGUCCCUAUGACCCCCGAAGGGAUCUCUUCAGGGUGGAAUAUGUCAUCGGUCGAUACCCUCAGGAGAACAAGGGCACCUACAUCCCUGUCCCUAUGGUCUCCGAGCUGCAGAGUGGCAAGUGGGGGGCCAAAGUUAUCAUGAGAGAGGACAGGUCCGUCCGGCUGUCUGUCCAGGCUUCCCCGGACUGCAUUGUGGGGAAGUUCCGCAUGUAUGUUGCCGUCUGGACCCCUUAUGGUGUCAUCCGCACCAGUCGAAACCCGGAAACGGACACGUACAUUCUCUUCAACCCUUGGUGUGAAGAGGAUGCUGUGUACUUGGAGGAUGAGAAGGAAAGAGAAGAGUACGUCCUGAAUGACAUCGGGGUUAUUUUUUACGGAGACUUCAAUGACAUCAAGAGUAGAAGCUGGAGCUACGGUCAGUUUGAGGAUGGCAUCCUUGAUGCUUGCCUGUAUGUGAUGGACAAAGCAAACAUGGACCUUUCUGGCAGAGGGAAUCCCAUCAAAGUCAGCCGUGUUGGGUCUGCCAUGAUUAAUGCCAAGGAUGAUGAAGGCGUCAUCGUUGGAUCCUGGGACAAUGUCUAUGCCUAUGGCAUCCCCCCAUCAGCCUGGACUGGAAGUGUUGACAUCCUGUUGGAAUACAAGAGUUCUGAGAAUCCAGUCCGCUAUGGUCAGUGCUGGGUUUUUGCUGGCGUCUUUAACACGUUUUUGCGAUGCCUUGGGAUACCGGCGAGAAUCGUUACCAACUAUUUCUCUGCCCAUGACAAUAAUGCCAAUUUGCAGCUGGACAUCUUCCUGGAAGAAGAUGGGAACGUGAACUCCAAACUCACCAAGGAUUCGGUGUGGAACUACCACUGCUGGAACGAAGCCUGGAUGACGAGGCCUGACCUUCCCGUCGGGUUUGGAGGCUGGCAGGUCGUGGACAGCACCCCCCAGGAAAACAGCGACGGGAUGUAUCGGUGCGGCCCGGCCUCUGUCCAAGCCAUUAAGCAUGGCCAUGUCUGCUUCCAGUUUGACGCACCCUUCGUCUAUGCAGAGGUCAACAGUGAUCUUAUUUACAUUACAGCUAAGAAAGAUGGCACUCAUGUGGUUGAAACCCUUGAUACCACCCACAUUGGGAAAUUAAUUGUGACCAAACAAGUUGGAGGAGAUGGCAUAAAGGAUAUUACUGAUACCUACAAAUUCCAAGAAGGCCAAGAAGAAGAGAGGCUGGCCCUAGAAACGGCCCUGAUGUAUGGCACUAAAAAGCCCCUCAACACAGAGGGCAUCUUCAAAUCGAGGUCUGAUGUCCACAUGAACUUUGAAGUGGAGAAUGCCGUGCUGGGCAAAGACCUGAAGGUCACCAUCACCUUCCGGAACAACGGCACCACCGUCUACACCAUCACAGCCUAUCUCUCGGGCAACAUCACCUUCUAUACCGGAGUCUCCAAGGUGGAAUUCAAGAAUCAGACAUUUGAUGUGACACUGGCGCCCUUGUCUGUCAAGAAAGAGGAGGUGCUGAUCCGAGCGGGCGAGUACAUGGGCCAGCUGCUGGAGCAGGCCUUCCUGCACUUCUUUGUCACGGCCCGUGUCAAUGAGACCAAGGAUGUUCUGGCCAAGCAGAAGUCCGUCGUGCUGACAAUCCCCACGAUCAUCAUCAAGGUCCGUGGCACUCAGCAAGUGGGUUCUGAUAUGGUUGUGACAGUUGAGUUCACCAAUCCUUUAAAAGAAACUCUGACAAACGUCUGGAUUCGCCUGGAUGGCCCCGGAGUGACCAAACCCCUGAGGAAGAUGUUCCGGGAAAUCCGGCCCAACUCCACCGUGCAAUGGGAAGAGGUGUGUCGGCCUUGGGUCUCUGGUCCUCGGAAGCUGAUAGCCAGCAUGACCAGUGACUCCCUGAGACACGUGUAUGGCGAGCUGGACUUGCAGAUUCAGAGACGACCGUCUAUGUAGAUGCACAGGGGCCUGAGAUGGACCUGGGCACUUGGCCUCUUGUAGUCUUGGCUAAGGAAAUUCUAAUGCGAAAAUAGUCAGCUCUUGCUUUUUAACUUAGCUGUGAAGACCGGACAGGACUGGCUGGGGUCCCAGGGUGGUGAUGCCAUGAUUUGAAAGACACCCUUUUCAGUGUAGCCAUGCAGUGUGGAAGUUAGUUUUUAAUCACCCCACCUUCCAAAGCAUUCUGAACAUUAGCUUUAAUUAAGCUCUAAUCAAGCUCUCAUAGCUCAUAAAAGUCAUCAUUUAUCAUCUCAAAUGGCUGUAGCUCCAAGUAUCAGAGGACUUCCCUUAGCAAGGGGAUUGGCUCAAUACCUGGCCUCCUCUAAAACAGGGCUUCUCAUCCCCUGCUCAGCCUUUUCGGGGUAAUGUACUCCUCAAACGGGAGGGAAGCACGUGAUGUGGGCCUAAGAAUUCUAUUCUCCUUUCUUCGAAUCAGUUCUACCCUCUGUGUGAGAAUAUUUUCCCCAGGAAUUGAUUGCAGCCUCAUUUUUCUUCUUGGCAAAGCCAGGGAAAGGUCUUUCAUCUUGCAUGUGCAGCAGAGCAACUGCCUGCCAGAUUUCACAGAUUUACCUUAUGCGAAGAUGUGACCCCGUAUUAACAAAUUGCAUUUGUAGGAAACUUAAUUCCCUAAGAGGAGAUAAGAGCGCAGGUGCAGUACUCGGAUCUAUUAAAUAACGUAGUUUAUAGUGCGUUUUAUAGGAGGUGUCACACUGUGACCUGAUCAGCAGGAACCAAUAGCCCCAACUUUAACCCUUUGGGGGCUGUAGUACUAGAAAGUAAUGAGGCCGACUUGGGACACUAGGGACAAGGAAUUAGUUUCUUUAAUUGGUGAUUGUACUUCACCUGGCUCUCUGGAAGUACCUCCUUUGCUCAAUGACACAGGUCCAGGUACAGUUUUAGAGACAAAAUAAACCUAACAAGCUGGAGAAACUGGCAGAUUUAGUGACCAGACAGGUGGCAGGAUGGACAGUCACUAAUUCUCGUGUCCUUCACAUCACCCACGUUGAGACCUCAGCUCGGCACGCAGGUACUACAAGGAGUAUGGACUCAACCUCGCCAACAGCCAGUGCUACUGCACAUCCAAUGACAGAGGACGCUGACAUCAUUUGUAUUAGGCUCCAAGGUUCCGACAGACAAGGCUAUCUGGCAUUUGUAUGAAAGGCCGAUUUAUUGUGAAAAUUACCCAUUGAUAUGCCUAGAGUGUGAUUUAGGUCAGUAGAUUGUGACUCUUAGCAAAAAAAAGAAAAGAAAAGAAAGAAAGAAAGAGGGAGGGAGGGAGGAAAAGAAAAGUUGAACAGUGAGAAGGAAGCUGGGGGGAAAGCCAGAAUGGAAUUCUCUGGUCUAUACAACCGCAUUUCUAAGACUUUGAGGCUGUUCCUGAACCUUCAGCCCCAGGAAUCAAUGAGGGUUAGCUGGUCCCUUCUAUAGGUACGUCAUACCUAACUCUACUAAGUAAUUUCCCAGCAUUUGCCAAGCCUUCCAAUACUCAAUUUUAAAAUGAAAUGCGUUUUGCUAGACUGUUAAACUGGCUUAAUAUAGUAUACUCUUAUUAACUAGAAUGAAAUCAAAGCUUAAAAUAAAGUUAA